UAGAACUCGUUUCAGUACGGACUGUUUUUGCCUAUGCACACAGGACAGACAGGCUACUUGCCGUUGUGAAAACAUUUAUCGGUAUCGAUGAGGUUUCUCUCGUUAAUUGUCGCUUCGUGUAGCGAAACAACCGCCUGGGAAACUCGCUGGAAGUGAAGGAGGGGACCGUGGGAGUUGACUUUAGGCGGAAAUGGUCGAGUGGAGUCCGAUAGCGAAGGCGUACGAGCCGCUGAAAGCUGGCAGCAUCGAUGGCACGGACGUGGAGCCCCAUGACCGGGCUGUGUGGAGGGCUAUGGUCGCCCGCUAUAAGCCCAACAAAGGCGUUAUUGGAGACCCACUGCUCACCUUGUUUGUGGCCCGUCUGAACCCCCAGACGACGGAGGAAAGACUGCACCAAGUGUUCUCCAAGUACGGAGACAUCCAGCGGCUCCGGCUGGUCCGGGACAUCGUCACCGGCUUCUCCAAGAGAUACGCCUUCAUUGAGUACAAGGAGGAGCGGGCUGUUGUCCGGGCCCGACGGGACGCCAACAAGCUUGUGGUGGACCAGCAUGAAUUGUUUGUGGAUUUUGAACAGGAGAGGACCCUCAAAGGAUGGGUCCCCCGGCGGCUCGGCGGCGGGCAGGGGGGGAAGAAAGAGUCCGGACAGCUGCGGUUCGGCGGCAGGGACAGGCCUUUCCGGAAACCUAUUAACCUCGGGGUCGGUCCUGUGCAGGAACGAGGAACAGGGAGGACCGGGACCGACACAGGGAGGCUGACUGGGGCAGCAGAGGGAGGAGAGAUGAGCGGGACAGGGGUAGAGAGAGGGAGGACCGCAAACACCGAGACAGGAGCAGGCACCGGGACCGGAGGUGAAGCCCUGGAUAGGACUCCAAAGUAGUGCUCUCACCCGGUCCAAAGGACGUGUGUGACCGAUCCACAGUCAGCAGCCUGCCUCAGAUGGAGGGACUGUUAGGGGCUUGUGGUUGAUCAGAUUGUACUUUAUUACAGUUGUUGGAUGCCAACCUGGAGCAGCAACUUUCAGCUGGUACUCUGGAGUAUUUCAGAGGAAAAAUCUGACUGCUUUUGUAGUGUAAAAAAAAUAUUUAUUUUUUAUUUCUCCUUUUUCAUAAGUGAGACUAUUAACUUUCUCUCUUCUGAACUACAUGGUAACAUUUCCUAAAAUGGACAAUUAAACGAUGUAGUCUCUCUAUGUAACACAUGUUUUUACUGAUGAAGAUUUUUGGAGCGUCAUACUUGGUAAAAGGCCACUCAUGCAACAUUGAGAGUAUACACAGGGGAAGAAAAGCAAAUAAACAACUUGAUGUUAACACAGUGGUUUUACUUUCCUUCCGUUUUAGAUAUUUUUCUUUUAUUGCUAUUUUGUUCUGGGAAAGGAGACAUUAAAUGUAAUUAUUUCGAGUUACCAUCAAAACCUUUUGUGUUCUUGGUAGGACUGAGUUGUAAAAGAACACAUUUGUGAUUGAACAUAGGUUUUCAUGCUGUGUUUACAAUAAACACGGUACAAAAUACUUAAAAUCAUAUGCAGACAAGCACAUAAAUGUACAGGCAGUUAAUCUUUUAAUGUUCGUACAUAGUGUAAUUAAAAAGUUAUCCAUCCCUCUGA